AUGGACACAUCUGGCGAUUCUGUUGUCCAUAACAACCGACGGUCGAGGUCGAAUUCGACAUCAUCUCCAGCGCCGACUGUCAGGAAACAAUCCACUGCUGUUGGCUUGCAACAUCUAGAUUCUCGAAAUGUUCACCUGAGAACCAGGCCCAGGAGUCCAGAAAGCUCGAUGCCGCUCACCAGCCGAUUCCGCUACGAUAGAAGUCGUUCACGAAGCCGCCCGGAAAAUUCCCUGAGCCCGAACCUCAAUAUCAACCGCUGGUCGCAUUCAACAUCUUCAAGUGUCUCUGGUAUCGAGGCAGAUGCGAUCCGUACACGCGCAAACACAUCGCGACGCAUGAGCAUUGGCCCCUCGCUAGUGUCCUCUUCCGCACAGGGGAAAACCUCGAUGCAUAAGCGGAGAUCGUCCAGCCAAAGUCCUCAGGCGAGACAGGGUUCGGGCUCAGCUUUUCUUCAGGUGGAGCGGACUCACGCUCUACGAGACACCAAUCCAGUUGGUGUUUCGCCACACCUCACUCCCACGUCCAUGUUUAACCCCAGCGCCGGGGAGUACUUUGGCGAGACCUGGCAGAGUCGGAGGACUGGCAAGAAUGGGGAGGCGGUUGCCGUGUCUGUCCAUUAUAUGAGAACAAGCCCACAGCCCACCAUGAGAUCAUCCGAGAAUGUUACAACUCAAUACAUGACACAGGCUACUCUACCAAGUACCCGUGAGAACCUCCCUACAACGAACGGGCGCGAUGGAUCGAUGAAUGAUUCCGCUCCGCCGCAUGUACCCACACGUGUCAAAAGUCAUCGAAGUCCGACGCAAAAGACUAUGCUCUCCAAGGCUCUGGCGGUAGCCAAUACUGCUGUAUUGCUUGACAAUGCCCAGAACAUUGAGGGAGCUAUCGAGGCAUAUGCAGAAGCCUGUGAGCUAUUGCAGCAAGUUUUGAUCCGUAGCUCGGUCCUUGAUGAUCGGAAAAGGCUGUCUGACAUUCGAAAUGCCUACUCUAAAAGAAUAGCCGACCUUCAUGACCUUGACAAUUCCUUUUCUGAUCUGAUGGAGAAAGCUUUACCUGAAGAUCCUCCUCUUGAUGAAACCAACAACUCUUUCUUCAGCAGUGACGGUAUCGAGCCGGAUACGACCGAAGUCCUAGAGUCUGUCCAAAUCCCCCCUCGACAAGAAUCUUUGCUACCGGAAAUAUUUGGCGGAGAAUCCUAUAUCAACCAGGUGUCAGCCCGUAAGAGGAUACAUAUCCCUAGUCUAGCGGUGCCUAUGGAUGCGCAGUAUAUGCCACCCCCUCUUUCGCCGAGAAGGCCCUCAUCUCCCACAGUCGAUGGGGACGCGAACACGCCUCUUGCGACUAGAAGACCAAGCGAUGCUCCGACAGCUGCUCUUCACACUCGCGAAGGUAGCACCGAGUCUACUUCUUGGUUGGACACUCUCGAAGACGGCGACUCAACAACGUCUCGGUCCUCUCGACUAUCGUCUUUGGAUUUUGGAAUCCAGAAUAACCACCAUAUUGUCGACGACUUUGAAGCAGAGUUCGAUGCUGCUCUUGACGCUGCCGUAGAUGCUGCCUACGAUGACAAUUUGACAGAGGAGCCCACUCCGAGGCCGGAUAAAAACAUGCAGGAUUUCAGUGACGAUUUCAGUACCCCUGUCCCUCCUGCCUUUCAACCAGCCUCCAAUGGCCAUUCCCUUCUGUCGUCCGAUGUCGAACUGACUCGAGAAUAUGAUGAGGGGGAGUCAUCAGAAGAAGAGGAACGAUUGCUGGAAGAAAUGACAAAAGGGUUUGUCUUUGAUGAUUUUUCGUUCGACAACAAAUCGAAAUCGGCACUCCCUCGACAGUCGGACUCCAGUACAUUCUCAGGCAGAACCUGGACAAGUUCUCUUCCAUCAACCACAGCAACAAAUAACACCACUUUGAGCACUCUGGCAGAGUCACUGGAGUCGUCCGCGGAAACAUCCCCUCCACCAAUUCCCCCAGCAAAGGACUCUCCUUUGACAUCUCCUCCAAAGACGGGCCUUUCCCAAGCACCGCCCAUGGCUUUACCGGCUCAACCAUCCAGCAGGCCAGUUAGUAUUGAGAAGUAUAGUGGACUGAAUAUUCGAGAAAGAAGAUUCUCGGGUCGGAGUGGAGAGCAGCUCAAGAUCGAAACCUUUGUGCGACGGAACUCUUCGACCAUUCCCAUCAAGCCGAUCGCGGCCCCUCCGUCUGUUCCUGACAUGGACGUGCCUGCAGAGCAGCAAAAGGCGUCCCAGACAGGCCCGGCAGAACCUAUCGUUCCCUCCCUAGCACCCAUAACGCCGAUGACGACCUUGCCCUCGAACGAUUCUGUUCAAAGUGAAUCCCCUGGCACUCCUGCCUUGACACAGGGAGGUUCACAAGGCAGCAUCGAGGACUCGGCAGCUAUGCCGCAGUCGCCUGCAAAGACGGGAAAGAUGGGACCCCCUGCCGCGGUCAAGAAAAAUCUAUCGUCAUCGAGUUUGAGGGUGCGAAAUUUGUCGGUGGCCACGACAGAAAUUAGUGCAGAGUCACCAAUCACACCCAUCAGUGCAGGCUUUGGUGCAGACAGCAGAAAGGUAGUCCCGCCUCUACCGUCUGCUGCGUUGCCGACGCCAUCGACGGCAGCUUUUGGCCCCCAACUGCUUCAGACAGGGGGAAUGUACUUGUUCGAUGAUAUCACUGCGACGGAUCCCCCAAGGACACCACGUAGUCCUGAUGCCCCCAGUGUAUCCCCUCCUCAGCUCCUAGAACCCUGUCCGGAAUCUUUCCUUCUCCGCCCUUUCUGGCUGAUGCGAUGUUUGUACCAGACGCUUGCUCAUCCAAGUGGGGGAUACCUGACCACGAAGCUAUUCAUUCCUCGGGAUGUAUGGAAGGUGAGGAAUGUCAAGCUCAAAGCCCUGGAUGAUAAAGUGUCGCAGUGUGACCUUUUGACGGCUGCAUUACUCAAAAUUGCCAAAGUCGACACGUUUGAUGCGGACUCGGUCCUCGACGAGCUACAGGCAUUCGAAGCGGUCCUGGAGCAGGUUCGAAACACGUUGCAGAAGAAGAUGGGCAACGAUGUAGGCCUCUCAGGCUCAUCUGGCCUUUUCAAGUCCGCAGGUGAAGACCACGAGACUGGGAAAUCCAGCAGCACUGCGGCCAAAUCUAUUGCAUCCAGCUGGCGCAAACUUCGAUCCAAGUCGAGUACUCCGGCUAUGGGAAUUCUGAACGGGCAGAAAGACAGGCUAUUGUCUGGUCCAACAAUGGCGUCGUUACCCAUGACUUCAUCCUCGGCUGUAGCUUCUGCGCGGUCACAUCUGAACCGCAAGAUCGCACCGCCGCCGACCCCAACGCAGUUGAUGAAUGUUCAACCUGUCCACGCAGCCUACAUGUCGAGCUUGGCACGUCUCUUUGACGCAGCCCAAGUGCUCGAUGGCAUUGCCCGGCAGGUGGAAGACCCUGGUCUGAAAUGCAGUAACAAAACCCAAGUGGGGUUGGAGCUGGGUGUGAAGAAUGCCGCCGAGUUUUUUGCGUUCUUCAUCAUUCGGUUUGUCAUGGCCGAUUUGAUGCUGAUGGUGGACAAGUUCCUUAAGAGAGGAAGUGAAUGGGUCCUGGCUUGA